ACGAAGAUAAUCGUGUCGAACGAGCCCUGACCUAACCUAUUCUAGGCUAUGUCUCCGUUCUUUAUAUACAGACAAAGCCUAGGAGAGGCUAAAUCAAGUUACUCUGUCCCGUGGAAACGAACAUCACAUCCUCAUCUCAGAGAAAUGUCCUCGAGAAACUUCAAUGCGAGAACCAAGCAGAGGCGUGGAGACUUCAACGACCGCACGUGCAAUGUCCGACUAGCGCGGUCACACGAAGUCGGGACCAUCGAGGGAGGUUGGUUAUUUCGUAUUUCCGAAUGUUUCACUUUCUCCUGUGGCAUCCGCGCGCUAUGAAAUGAAGCUGUUCCACAUCACCGUCUCUGAGAAAUAAAUGAAACACCGUCUAUGUCGACGUUUCGUCACGGCUACGACCUGCACAGUCGCUCAACCGGAUCCUGAACGUUCACCAGAAGAAAAGCUUUCUUAUUUAUCUGGAACUGGAGUUCUUUGUAUCGUUUCACACCGUAUAAACUCGUAAAUAUUAAACGCGUCGACUGCACUGCACUCGUGGCAAAGCUGUUGCGCACUCUCAGUGUCCACGCAAAGUCGUCAAUGGAACGGAAUUGGAUCUUUCCGACGAUCCUGGCUUUUCCCGCGUGUCAUCGCACAUUGCACUGGUACUAGCCGCGUCACAGACAGUCACACGAAACGGAAAGAAAGACAGUCAUCGGUAUGCUGACCGAAAGAAGUCUGCCAAUAAGUCGGAAAAGACAGUGAAAACUCACGUGUCUCUCGAAAGGAUAUUCAUACGAGAUGCCCCAUGAUUCGAAUCUUCGCCCAGUUUAAGCCUGGCUGAGAGUGCCAGGAUUUUUCUAUUGUACGAUACACAGCGUAAUCGUCACAUUUUUACUAAUCUCUAUUUCUCCAAUUUUAAAAUAAUAAUUUUCACAUUCUUUUCUAUUCGCUGUAGAUUAACGAUAUUAUAUUCCAGAGAUUACCAAUCAAGAAACUCGCAGGGAACAUGAUACCAACCGUGUGGAAUAAUACCAAUAUCCAUCGGUACAUCUUUACAUAGAAGUAUGAUUAAAAGGAAGAUCUUAACGUCAAAAGUUGGGAAGCAGGUUGUAAAAUGUGCUGCAGCGCAUAUGGUUUUUCUUAAGUGAUUGUUAUUCGACUCGCGUCCCCUCGCGAUACAUGUCUUCUAAUAUUGCAAAGACUACGCGAUAUAAUUUCCAGACGUUUAUUUGGAUUCCAUGGAUUCUUCCGUUGUGCUCUCGGCUCUUAACGGUUCGAUAUUAUGCCGGUACUGUGAUUCGCAAUGGCGAUCAGCCAGUGGGUAGGAAAUUCUCCAGCAGUGACGUAAAAAGAUUGUAGAACUUCCUGGCCAUUGAUUGUAUUAUAAUACUGAGACUUUCGAAUAUCGUACAUGAAGUGUGAAGAUGUUCAAGCUUGAAGGACGUUUACCAACAAGGACAUUUACUCUUUUGAAUCUUUCAUGGUGAUUUAAAAUGGUGAGAAACGCAUAUAGACAUUUACAUGGAUACGAAAUCCGUGCUAUUGUAAGAGAACUUGAAAAGAACUCCAGGGACAUUUUGGUGAUAUUGCAAAACAUACAUAAUGAAGAUAACUUUAAAGAAAACUCAAUUAUACAGGAAUAUUGUACAAAAUCAAGAGCAUUGUUUGAAGAUGUACGUAAGAACUAUACAAGACUUGCAGAUGUCGUGCCAAAAAACCAGUAUUACAAAUAUCAUGAUCAAUGGCGUUUUGUCACGCAAAAAUUAUGUUUCUUAGCAUCUUUAAUAAUAUAUUUAGAAAUUAAAGUUCUACUUAGCAAAGACACUGCUGCAGAAAUGUUAGGAGUUAGUAAUGAUAGAGAGGAUGGUUUCCAUUUGGACUUAGAAGACUACCUAAUGGGACUAUUACAAUUGUCUACAGAAUUGAGUCGUUUUGCUAUAAAUAGUGUCACUAGUGGUGAUUAUAAUCGACCUAUAGAAAUAGCACGAUUUAUAAAUGAUCUAAGUGCAGGCUUUAGACUCUUAAAUUUGAAAAAUGAUUCUCUAAGAAAACGUUUUGAUGGCUUAAAAUAUGCGGCUAAAAAGGUAGAAGAAGUGGUUUAUGAUCUCAGUAUACGAGGUUUGAAACCAAAUUCAGCUACUGAAGAUACAAAGUAAUUAUUUUUAAAAAAUAUUUCCUAUAAGUAACAUACUGUCAUACAUAAUAAAUUAUUGGAUCAGCUAUU